AUGGAGGAUAAUGAGAGUAGGAACACUGAUGUGGAGAAAGAAGAAGAAGAAGAAGCAGAAGCAGAAGCAGAGGAGGUUCUCAAGAAGAGAAUCUCUAACCAUCCUUUGUAUGGACUUCUGGUUGAUACUCACUUGGAAUGUAUGAAGUUUGUUCAAAAUAAAAAUCAAAAUCCAUCGCAAUCGAAACAUCAAAACAAUGCUUUGAAUGCAAAUGAAGACCUUCCUGGCUUGAAAGCUCAUGACCUGAUUUUUCCUAUUCAGGUAUGCAGUAUUGUUGACGUGGACCAAAACCAGGAAAUGAAUCUGAAGCUACCAAGUAGAAAGCACAGCCCAUCAAACUUUCUUUGCCAAUCAGAGCUGGAUUCCUUCAUGGAGGCAUACUGUUCUGCACUAAGAGAGCUGAAAGAGGCAUUGGAACAGCCACAGCAAGAGACAAUAGCUUUCAUCAAUGCCAUGCAAUCACAACUCAGGGAGCUAACCUUAUCAGAUACUGCUGCACCUGAUCAUCAUGGACCUUCCACCUCAUCUCCAGUAGAUCAAGUGAACUCCAGUAAUGAUCUAAAUUGAGUAGAUCUAAUACAAAAGACACUUAUAUAUCUUUCAAGAAAAUAAGAAAUGCAGUGUUUUCCUCUUCAGCCACUUAUUCAUUUUAGGAGUUGAUAUCAAACUCUUUCAAUAUGAUACAGGACUGCACUUUUGAAUCCGAAACUUGAGUAGCAGAAGAAAUAAGUAGGUAAAAUGCAUGGUUCAUGACCGAGUGACAACCCAUUAAAACAGGUAGCAAUUUUAGAAGAUGUGGAAUCUGUGUUCAAUCACUAUGAUGUU